GAAAAUGAAUUGAAACACUUGUAUGAGCAUUAUAAUUCAACUCAUUCAUCAUAUGUGUCUAUACAAAGUGCGAGUGAGAUAUCAAGGAUGGAAGGCGUUGGUGUUGAUGUUGAUGAUGAUGAUGAUGAUGAUCCAGAUAGAUUUAUUGCCUCUCAAUACAAGGCUUUUAGGCAAGGAAAACAACCUGUUGGGUGUGUAGAUGAGGUUGCAAAAUACUUGAUGGAGAAUAUUGAAGGGGAAAAUGACAAAACCUUUAAUAUACUGGCUUGGUGGAAGUAUAAUACUAAUAAGUAUAGUAUACUAUCUCGACUGGCACGAGAUGUGUUGGCUGUACCUGUUUCUACUGUGGCUUCUGAGUCGGCAUUUAGUACAGGAGGACGUAUACUAGACCCAUUCCGUAGUUCACUUGCCCUUGAGAUGGUACAAUCUCUCAUAUGUACUCAAAAUUGGCUUCAAUCUUCAGUGCAAAUUUCGCUUCGACAAGCCAUGGAUGAUGUUGAGCUAUUUGAAGAUUAUGGAAAAUGUAAUGUUCUUAAAAUCUUUUUUGGAAGCGAAGUUAGCUUCACCUUCAGUAGCAUCACCUUCACCAUCAAGUACUGUUACAAAUCUAGAUUGAUCUGCCUGCAUACAUUGGAUAAUUGUGGGAUUUUAGAGCUUACUGAGAACAUAAAAGAAGUUGCGGAAGCAAAAGCCUAACACCACAACCACCAGCAACCCCAUGUGUAUGAAACCAAGUUUAAUGUUGGAGCUUGAAGAAGUGCUUACAUGCAGGAUUACUGAAAAGAAACUUUUUUUUGACAACUAAGCAUUCUGUCCAACAAUGGAUUGCUGUAAUUUGUUUCACGACUAAGCAUUUUGUUGUAAUGUAAAGCUUUAGAUAUCUUGUCAUAGUUUUUCAUUUCCGGCUCUUU